CCCAUCACAUCUAUCGUCGUUUAAUUUUCACGUCUUUUCACUCUCUGUUCGUGAUACUCGACCACGUUAUUUAGUGAGUGUUAAUUUAUUUUAAAUUUUUUGUAUUUCUAGUUAAUAUUUUCGUUUCAAAUGGCUCCUGCUGCUAAACAGGCUAAAGCCGCUGGUGGUGAAAAAAAGCCUGCGGCCAAAAAGCCGCAGGCUCAACAACCUGCCAAGGCUAAACAAGAAGCACCUAAGCCAAAAGCUGAACCUAAGACUCAGCCUAAGAAAACUGAACCAGUAGUUGAACCCAAACAACAAGCUAAAAAGGACACCAAACAAGUUCCCAAAGCUCAACCUGCACAAGACAAGAAACCGGCUAAGGAACAACCUAAGAAGGAAACUGCACCUGCAUCAAAGAAGGUUGCACCAAAAGGAAGCCAAGACAGUAAGAAGCCUGCUCCUCAACAACCAUCUAAGGCUAAUUCUAAAGCUGAACCAGCCAAGGAAAAACCUAAGGCUGCCAAAGCUGAUCUUAAAGCUAAAAAAGCUGAACCAGUGAAAGCUAAAGAGCCUGAAGUAAAACAAACCAAGAAGGCUCAACAACAGGCAGCACCACCAGCUAAGGGUAAGAAAGAAGAACCCAAAAAAGUUAAAGAAGAACCCAAGAGCAAGGCUACAAAACGUCCAGCUGAAGAAGUUCCUAAAGCUGUCAAAAAAGAUAAGAAAGAACCAGUUAAAGCCGAAAAGAAACCUGAACCUAUUAAAGCUGCCAAGAAAGAACCCGAAGCUGCCAAGAAAACUCCAGUUGCUGCCAAAAAAACAGUUGAAAAAAAACCUGCCACUUCUGCUCCAGCUCCAGCCAAAAAGCCUUUGACUGCUGCUGUGACUGUUAAGAAGACGGUAGCUCCCCCUACAUUAAAGAAAGCACCUGGCGCACCUAAAAAAAUUGCUUUAACAAAAAAAGCUAACACUGUACAGAAGAAACCUAAGGCGACAUUGAGAGGUAAAGGAGCUGCUUUGAAAAAGAAGAAGGAAACUAGAAAAAUGACAAUCGAUUGUACUCAUCCUGUAGAAGACAGUAUUAUGGAUGUUAAUAAUUUCGAAAAGUUCCUUCAGGAACGAAUGAAGUAUAACGGAAAAACUAAUAAUUUUGGUAAUGUUAUUUCAUUGGAAAAGACAAAAACUAAAAUUAUUGUCAAUUCUGAUGUACCUUUCACAAAGAGAUACUUGAAAUAUUUAACAAAGAAAUACUUGAAGAAAAACAAUUUGAGAGAUUGGUUGAGGGUAGUCCAUAGUGGACCAGACAGCUAUGAACUCAGAUACUUCCAGAUCAAUAAUGCUGAAGAUGAUGAUGAAGAGGAUAACGCUGAUUAAAGAUUGAAAACAAAUUUUAUUUUUAAUUGUUUGACUCCUUGUACAUCGUCUUAUUAAUAAUAAAAAAACAAAAAAAAUAUU